AUGGCUUCGGUAAAAGAUCACUUCAUUGACCUGGAACGGCACCGCCGCCAGCUUGAGGAAAAUGUCGAGAAGCUCCGCAAGGCCAUCACACACUGGCGCAUGUGUGACGCCGACUACGAGGAACUCAAGGAAGAGGUCGAUGCCAUAUCCGGGCCCGCUGGCCGCGCGGACCUGGACAGGAUAUGCAACGAGUUUGAGGGCCAUGUCAUCACCACCAAGGAAGUCAAGGAGAUAUUUGGCCAGCCAGAGGUGAAGCCCAAGGCCCAGAUCAUCAGUCUUCUCUCCCGGCGGAUUGACUAUGUCUCCAAGAACGUGCAAACCCUGGAGAAGCAGCUCCAGGCUGCCGAGGAGAAGUACGAAAAGGUCAACGUCGUGGCCAACCCAGAUGCCAUGGACGAGGAUUCAGGGCUGCCCAUCACGGACAUUAUUGAAGAGCUUGAUGAUGACGACAACGUCACGUCCUCCCGACUGCAGCGGCCAGGCGACUCAACUUCCGCCAUCCGUGAAGCACUGGAGAAGGCUGGUGUCAAGGACUUGCCUGAGACGGAGAGGGAGUUGCCAGGUUAUGUCGAGGAACUUCCAGACGAUGAGGACACACCGAUGCACGAGCUCAAGGAGCGCGUUCAGGAUGUCGAAAGUGAGGGCAUCCCAGAAGCAGAGACGGACCCAGAUGCCAUGGACGUGGAGCCUACAGGUCCCCCGACAAAAAAGGGCGUGUCUUUCGCCGAAGACACAAAACCAGGCCACGACCUCAACGGUCAAGACCCAAGACUCCGGACGCGGGAGUAUCUUGAGCAAAUAAUGAAGGAAGCCAAAGAACAGGAGGCACCCAUAUCGAACCCAGUGAUACCACAAGGCGAGUCCGACGAGGACGCUGAGCUUCGACGGGAGAUGCUCAGGUACGGCAUGACCGACAUUGCGCCAAUUGUUGCUGAGCUGGAAAUCGACGAGGGCACGGGUUCCGAGUUCGACGAGGACGAGUGCAGCCUUGACGAGGAUGACGACUUCGAAGACGAGGAUGACGAGGAUGACGAGGACGAGGACGAGCAUGGCCGAACCAGGUCGCGUGUUGUCGAUGAUAAGUAUAGGAAGCGCAUGCAGGAGCUCGAGGCGAGGUUGGGUAUAAAGUCGAGCCGCCAGAUCGAGGAGGAAGAAGAGGCCAGGGCCGCCGGGAGCAUACCGGAAGAAGGCAUCGCACGCAUCGCAGUCCAACCGGCUGCUUCAAGCAAGCCAGCGCCUGCGACCCAGCCCGCCAAGUCCUCUAUGAAGGGUGGCGAUGAAGCUGCGCAAGGGUCGAAGCCCGCGAGGAAGGGCGUUAAGUUUGCCAGCGCGCUGGACAUAGCCCCCGAAAUCGAUACAGCACCAGCCCCUACCAGUGUUGAGCUUCAAGAACCCAAGGAGCCCUACGUCGACCCUAUGAGAAGCACCAUCGUGGAGCGGAGUCCUGCCGCACAGCCAGCAGCACCAACAGCGAGCACGCCGAAGAAGACAUCGCGGUUCAAAAAGGCACGCGCGACAGAGCCCACCGCCGGACCAUCCGAAACCCAGCUGCCAGUGAGGCCCAAAGGCCCGGCCGAGGCCCCGGCACGCUUCCUGGACCAGGAAGUGCGGACAGCCCCGACAGGACCGGACGGCACGACGCUCGCUGGGACCGUCGUCGAACGAGACAUGCCCCCGGACGCCUUGGAGCCGGAUGAGUUCGACGCCACGCUACUACACCAGGAGGCUGCCGUCGAAUACCACCGGUUGCGUAACCGGAUGAUACAGAAGCAGGGCGGCUUCGUUACCGAGAAGGAGGAGGCCAUCGAGUAUCCCGAGGACGAAGGAGCAGGAGGAAAGCGUGUUAGUCGAUUCAAGGCUGCUAGGUUAGGGAAGCAGUGA